GGCCUGGUUUACAAGAGAGCACCUUGAACUCAUUGAGAAACGGAAGACGAAUGAUAUGGAGGAGUCGCGACGAAGUGUGGACGGUUCAAGCGAGAGUAGUAAACAGGGGGCGAAGAAAGGGAAGGGGAAGGUUGCCACGAAAUCGGAGGACGGCGAGCAAAGCUUGAAAGCUUGGCUUACAAGCAACUUCGAAAGUUAUAUGAAGAAGAUAUCCGUGAAGCUCGAUUCAGUCGACAAGAUGUCCAAAGCAGCGGAAGCCGAGCGCGCAAAGAUAGCCAAGAAGGUUGAACAAUUGGAAUCGAAAUGCGUAACAAGUGCAGAAGGAAGCAUUGAGAAGAGGAAGAGAGUAAUGGGAUUGAAUUCGCCAGCACAAGACCGACAAAAAUCGCGAUCAAGGUCUAUGAUCGAAGUGUCCUCAGACGAGGAAGAUAAGAAGACGGGAGUCCACGAGGGCGUUCCGGAGAACAAGCCCAAUGUGAAUUUGGAAGACGUUAUGAAACUGCUAUCAAUGAUAGUUGCAAAAGUACAAGGGGGGCAAAGCGGCCCUACUAUGGAGAUCGUGGAGAACAAGAAGACCAGCGCGAACGAGGAUAAGGAGGAGGACAGCAACGACGAAUUCGAAGAUGAAGAGAAGGACAAACUGAAGUUGAACCGGGAUAGCUGCACGAAGAGCGAUAAGACGGAGGUCGGGAUCGUUGAAUACAUGAGACAACGGCUCGAUCACUAUAUGGAGAUGAACGGGAAGAAGAUCAAGAGCCUCUGUCUGGCGAGGGGAGUGAAAUAGGAACGGAAAGACAAGAGCACAUGGGAGCUCGCGAAACAAGACACU